AUGUGUGCUAUCAUCCAGCAAUCCCCCAGUGUAACCACCUCCAAACAACCCACACCUACAACAAUGGCUGAAAUGGCUUAUGUUCUCAUUACGCCCGACCCAAGGCACUGGCAACCACUGAACCCGACUGUUGCUCAGCUGCCCGGUGCCCCGCCUAAUGGCGUGGUCAACGCUGUCGGCACAAACUUCUACGUCAAGAUAGGCGACCAAAAUGCCGACGGCCAUGGCGCUAUAGAUGCCUAUAAACGGGCGAAUCCAUCAUUUUUCUGGGUCGACGUAGUGAUCCAGCAACACAAUGGGUUCCCGAACGAUGCUGGAAAGACGCUAGAGAACAUGAUCUUCGGCCAAGUGCUUCCCGGAGCGCAGGUGUUCAAGCACAUCGGGCACGGCGAGGAGUGGUACUACUGCUUCAAUAACCACGGGAAUUUGAUGAACUUCAUAAACGCAUGCCUCGCGAAUGGCGAUGACCAUCUGACCUACAUAGACGUCCAUGCUGCGUACAAUGACAUACAACAUCAUUUCCGCACGGCGUAG